UGUCUGUUAUAUUACAUUUGCAUUGAUGUUAUGUAAUGUUACUUUGGUGUUUGCUGGGAUGUCAUGAAUCAGCGUAAAGUAUUUUAAAGCGACCGAGCUCCGAUUAAUUUCAUCACCGGUAGAAUUAGCCUCGGUCUACGUUGCUUAACUUGGUUUAAUUCACGUUUAUCUCUUUCUAAAGUAACAGUUGUAAAGAGACAAAGAAUGAAUUAAGCCAAGCCCAAAGUUAAACAACGUUGGUGAAGCUGGAUCUUGCAAGCGAAGUUUCUAACUAUAAUUUAUCGUUCUUAAUAUAAUCUUUCCUCCACACACGUUAAACAACGAAAACACUCGCGAUUCUUUACACAUUAAUACAACAAUAUCUCAUAAUUAAUUAAUCGGAGUAGUCACUUUUACAAACGUAUCAAUACUUUUCUGAUAUCUUGGAAGCUCUAAACUCUCUCUCCAUCUCUCAGGUGACUUCGGAAACUUGAUUUGACAAAUUACGACACGCGCCUCUGCCCAUAAUGGCUGGAAGUGGCAAGACGGUGGUACUGUGCAAAGGGCUGUCCGAAAAGAGCGACCGGCAGGAGACGUACGCCGAGACGUUGGAAUCCGCUGGUUAUCGCUGCGAGUGUUUGCAAACAUUGAAAUUCACAUUUGUGAAUAUCUCGGAACUGCGAGCGUGUCUGUCAGUAGCUAACAGAUAUAGUGGUUUAAUAUUAACGAGUCCCCGUGCGGUUGAAGCCGUUGCGCUGGCAGCGAGAGGAGACGCUGGCAUUCUGCACCAUUGGGAACAGCUGCCGGCGUACUGCGUAGGGCCCGCGACGGACUCCCUCGCGAGAAGUCAACUCAACUUGCAGCAUUGCACGGGCAGCCAGUCCGGGAAUUCAAAGCGACUGGCCGAGAAGAUCGUUCUCGACACGAAGAAGGAUUCGAAACCAUUGUUAUACCCGUGCAGUGAAAUUGCGCGUGAAACCCUAUCUUGCAUCGUCGAAGACAAUGGGAUUCCAAUCGAAAAGAUCGUGGUUUACGAGACGUUAAAGAGCGAAACGCUCGAGCAGGAGUUGCCGAAGAUGCUUGACAAAUCUUCCAGUAUAUUUGUUUUCUUCAGUCCCUCUACAGUGAAAUAUAUUAAAACGCAGCUGGAGAGAGAUUUUUAUAAUAUCAAGGAUAUAAGAGCGGUAGCGAUAGGACCUGUAACGAGAGAUGCGUUAAUUAAUUCUGGUUUCAACGUGUACGCCACUGCGGAUAAACCUGAACCAGCGGCUCUGAUACACGCGAUCACAGCUGCCGAGUCGACGGACGAGUCUGAGAAUGUUUUAUGAAAAUAUGUACUGGCACAACUUGUCAACAUUUUUAAUAUUUUGACAUUUGCAACACAUACAUUUCGAUGUAUAAAUGUCUCCUAUUUUAUUUCACAAUAAGAGGACUCUUGUCCUCCAGUUUAUGAGUUUAUUAACAAUAAUUGUGUAAAUAAUGUAUAUAGAAGGUAUUCUAGAGAGCUAUAAAAGUAAAUAUGUUAAAAGGG